AUGGAAAUGAACCAAACUGGUCAGCGCAGGGCUGGUCAGCCCCAGAGGAACACAAACUGGAACGUGGACCUGUUCCACUGCGGCUCCCUCUUUGACGCCAUCUUCCGUCCCUGUGCUGUCUACAGCCGCGCCGAGGAGCGCACGAGGAACCCGUACCUCGAGAACUACGAGGACAGCAACUGCCAGCACUGCGGCCAGUUCGGCGCCCUCAGCUGCGUUUACGUCAAGAAGCAGCGCGGCACGAUCCGCGAAAAGUACGGCAUCGAGGGCUCCGGCGGCAAGGACUGCUGCGUCGCCUUUUGUUGCUGCGCCUGCGCCCUCGCCCAGCACGACGCCGAGAUUGAGAGCCGCAACCCCAAGAAGCGCCAGGCCGUCGACACGGCGGGCUACCGUCCCAACACCACGAGCAUGUACAUGCCUGAUGUGAAUCGAGGCAGCUGGUAUGCCACCAACGACAUCCGCGCGUCUGGAUACAGGUGA